GAGGAGGCACAGCGCGAGAUCCGUGCCGCCGAGCGUCUUUCCCGCGCCGGGGCCGGUGCGAUGCGGAACUUUUUCUGCGCGCGGCGCCGCAUGACAGGCCGCGGCUCCGCGCGCGCUCGCGUCGCAUCUGAGCCUGGGCGCGGCUGUGGCCCCACGCUCCUCUGGUUAUGUCGGCACGCGGAGCGCGUGUUCCCUCGCUCCUGCUGGCCUGCCUCCCUCUCUGCCACCAUCGUUCGGGCUCGCAGGUCCGCAGGGAGGCGCGGGCGCCGAGUCGCAUGCAGCGGGUCCCGAGAGAUGUGCGCCCAGUCCGUGCCGAAAGACGACGCUUGGCCCCCUGCCUGCACAGUUCAGCAGCAGCAGCUUACCCGUCGGCAGUAUCAGCGGCCAUAUUGUGGCAUCGCCCCGCUCUGGACUCGGACGUACUCCGACCUCAACUUGCUGGUGCGCCCUGCGCCCUAUUUUUUUGGGCGUACCAUGCACGCGCCGCGUGGCUACAAGUGCAUCUCGUCUUUUUUGAAUUUCCGACCGAUGCCAGCAUAUGCUUGACACUCGCACCAGGCGGUGUCGUGCAGCAUCGGCCUGGAGGAAGCGCCCCGCGUCCCGUCUGGCGGUUCGGCUGCCCGCGGGGAUUGUCCGGAGGACAUGCGCGUCGUCGCUCCUCGGAGGGCUGCCAACCAUGCGCGCGAGCACUGGGCUCGACGGAGCUCGAAUCGCGCACAUGCCACGUUGGAGCUCCCUCCCCGUCCUCCAGUGCUCGGCUCCUCCUGCGUCUCUGGUCCACCGCCAGCCUCCACCCCCGAUAUCCGUGCCCUCCGCUCCUCCAAAAGACGCAGGCGGCGGAGAGUUUAGGCAGAGGCAGGCACCUGGGCAGCACCAGAUCCGUGCCGUGGAGCCUCUGUGCUGCCAGCUGCCCGCCGGCGAGUGCGGGCCUGCAGCAUGAGCAGUGCAUCCUUGAGAACAAUAGAGGAACGAACAAUGGUUACGGGUCCUUUCUUGGUGAGCGGGUGCAGGCGGACGCUGGCGCUGGACGUGCUUUCGUCAGGCGGCGGCGAGCUCUCCUCAGGCCCUCCGCGGGUCCGUUCGCAGUUGCCUGCCCACCUCCAGGCAGGUGCCCGAUACGCGCUUUCCAUGCUCUGAAUCACCCAGAGUGUUCGAUGAACCUGGGGGUUCGGCGUUCAAGCCGUUCCUUGCACUCUCUGCCGGCACAUGCGAGACGAUCACCCAUGGAUUUUCUAUCCCAGGCGACCCUGUUCGUGGCAGAUCGCGCCGACCGAGAUAGGUGUUCCCCUCGCAUGCUGGUAUUGCUUUUCCAGUCGGCAUCCAGGUGUUGUCCGUGGACGCCGAAACAUGUACUAUAUCCACGAGCGCUCAGAGAGCAGCCCACGAAGGCAGAGCCACGCCGAGCGCGGUGCGGGCGAGCUUGCCUUUCUCUCACAUUCGGGGUGCAGCGGCGCCCAAGGGCCCCCCCCCCGGCGCGAAAGCCACUGCGCCGCGGGGCGCCCGCUUGGGGCGCCCGCUCGGGGCGCCCGUGGGCGCCCGCCAAGAGCACGGGCCCCCCAGCUGGCCACGCACGAGGCGCCCGCCUGUCGAAGAGCAGCCGGGUCCGGUCGUGCAGGCCGGAGGUGAGCCCCCCGCCCGUUGUGGGAGCAGAAGGUGCCAGUGGAGACGACGGGUGCGUUAUUCCCCCUCCGUCCGCGCUCGGCACUUGCGGGGACGCCCCGCGUAAGAUUGGCGCCCUCCCCGGCUGGACAGGGCGGGUGCAGCGAUCGUCCUUGGAUCGGUCGGCCGGGCCCCAGCAGGGAGCGCCUUCGGGGGGGAUGCCCCCAGGCAGGCCUGAUAAUUACCAGCGACGCCACAAAUCUCGGUUCUUGGAC